UUCUUACUUUCCCCCCUCCCUCCCUCUACUUUUCUCCUUUUUUAUUUCUCUGGCCCUACAAACCCAACCUAAUAGAAGAAAUAUUUUACUGGUGUACACCAUGGACAGCCAGAUGGAGCAAGAGCUUUACUUUUUGAUCGCUCGCUUUCUGUCUAAUGGCCCAUGCCAAAACUCGGCAGAGGCAUUGCUUUCAGAUAUUUCCAAUCAUUCACACCUUUUGCCUGCACGAUAUGACUGGAAAGGCCAUAAAAGACCAUAUACGAGAGAAGAGCUUACUUCACUUUACCAAAAUGUCGAUUCAGACCACCUUCCUCGCCUUCUCUCCAAAUUAAUCCUACAUGUUGAUGCGCAAAUACCACCACUCGUGCCUGGGAUUCGAUCGCUACUUGCCACUGGAGGAAGCUCUCUUCUGCGAGAUAGAGCUGAAGCAGAGCAACUAAAGAAGAACCAAGAUAGCGUUGGCGGACGUACUAUACAGAAGGUAGCCUUCAAUCGGAAGGGCACCCUUCGUGAGACUUUGACGUUGGAUUACCUACGGGCAAGAGAAUUAAAAGGGCCUGCGCUGAGGGCACCAAAGGCACAUCGUUUUGUUCCGUCAUUAUUUCAAGAGUUGGUAGUCAUGAAUGGUCAUAGAUUUCCGACAUACUGUCUCCUCUUUGACAAAACCAAUAAUAGAGUUAUCACAGGAAGCGAUGAUUAUCUUAUCAAAAUUUGGAGUGCACAAUCGGGAUAUCUGUUAUUUACUCUCCGUGGACAUUCUGCAGUUGUCACCUAUAUGGAUCUUAGCACUGAUAAUACAAUGCUCGCCACUGCAUCCGAUGAUGGAAUCAUUCGUGUUUGGGAUAUUAAAAAUUCGGCCCCUGUUGCUGUACUCCCAACAGGAACUAAUGCUCGCAAUCGUAAACCUAUCACCACGGUCUCAUUCUCCCCAUCACCGAUACCUCAGAUCCGAUAUUUAAUCGCCACCUCAGUCGACGGCUACACUUGGGUCUGGAAGUAUGAUCGAGAUACGAAAAAAUUCCAGACACCGCCCACAAUGCUAGACUGCAAGACUUUCGGCGACUCAAAGCUUAAAUGUUCGACCUGGAAUUUCACAGGAUCACAAUUUGCAGUAGCUGGGAAAGAUCUGUUCAUCCGUGUGUUUUCGACUAUCCAAGGUGGACCAGAGGCCAUAAAGUCGGGAAAGAGACGCAAAAGCUACGACAAAUCCAAGGCUCUUGGAUCAGAAGCAGGGGUCGGAGAGAGUUCUAUAGGCGCUAAUACUAGUAACGGAACCAGCGCGUCAUCAUCAGCUAACCUUGCACAGCAACACUGGGGCAAUCCGGUAUUAAUAGCGCAGUUGGAGGGGCAUGCUGGAGUUGUUACAAGCUUGAGCUAUAGUCGGCGCGGUAACAGGUUACUAUCUGGCUCUGUAGAUGGAUUUGUAAGGAUAUGGAAGUAUGAUCAGCAAAGCAAAAUGUGGACAUCUGUAGUCAUCGAUGUCAGAGAUGAACACACUCAAGCAGACGGGACUAUUACAGAAGCGAGACAUAUGAUGCCCUCACCCACUGCAGCUUCCACAUUACCUAACCCCUUUUUGAUUGAGACAUCGACAACUGCUAACACCACCAAUGAGGAUGCGAACCAUACAGACUCGGAGAUUAAUGGGCCCGCUACUGCUAGCCAGAACCCCGUAAACGACACUGUCACUGAAGGAGCACGACCUACACAAUCUAUGGGCGAUGGUUCAGGAAUCGUCCCAACGAUGGCAAUAUGGUCGUUGAACGACUCUACUGUGAUUCUGACGACAUCUUUGGGAGAGAUCAAAAUCUUCGAUUCGAUCACAGGAAAAUUGGUUCAUACACUCAAUGGACAUGCAAGAGGCUCGUCAGUUUAUGUUGUGGAUGUGCAUCCCAAUGAUGAUCGGAUUAUAAUGACAGCUGGAUAUGAUGGACAAGUCAUUCUGUGGGAUAUUGCAAAGGGUGUCAAGAUUAACAGCUGGACGUAUCCUGAUCAUGAAUUCCUUGACGGCCGCUUCUCGUCAGACGGACUGAUGUUCGCAGUAACAGACCAAGAGGGCAAAUGUAUCCUGUUUGGGGCUGGCAAAAACCCUGACGACUACAAAGAUGCUAGAUCAUUCAUUGAGCAAGCUUUCUGGAGUGACUAUGCGCCUGUGCGGUAUGAUGCUGAUCACAAUGUGGUGGAUGAUGCGACUCAGAUUGCGCCGCAUCUUAUGGAAAGAACGCCCAUUCUGGACAAUAACGGGCGGGACUAUGCAAAACAAAAGGGUCCUCGGUAUGGGUUGGAUCUUCCAGUAGCAGUGCCACCAGGUGUGUUGGAGCAGGAGGAGGCUGACAAAAAGGAUUUGCUUGAGAAAGAGCUUGAGAAUUUAGCAGUACAAACACUCGCUGUGCUCCCUGCUACUGACAAGCGUAAACUAUACAAGCGAAGGAGAGAGUUUAUUUUAGAAGAUGACGAUGAGGAUGAUGACCCUAUGACUGCUGAGGUCCCGAUUGUUCCGCUUCCCAAUGAUUCGAGUGGGGAGGAGUAUGCUGGUGGAGCCGCUUCGGCAUCAGAAUCAUCAUCUGAUAGCGAAGGAGACGAUAGUGACCUGGCUCCUGACGCUAUUGCUGCAGAAGACUUUGUUGUUAAUGAUGAUUAUGAGGACGAGGACUACCAUGCUGGCGGUCAGGGAUCAAGGAAAAGGCGUGCCGUCGGUUCAGGAGGUUCAUCCAGGAGACAACGGGGAUCAGCAGAUAGGAAACGAAGAACAAAUCGAGCCAGGAAGAGAUUACGUCUUAGAAGUGACGAAGAUGAGGAUGGUUUAGAUGGAGAGGAGCUUGACUUUGAUGAGGAGAGUGAAGACUUUGAAAGCUCCAGGAUAUCUAUCAGAAGGGGAAAACGGGGCCAGAACAUCAAUGAUGGCAUGCCUUCAGGGAGCAAGAGCCAGCGAAGUGCUCGACCGAAAUCUUUUGCAAACGAUGACUAUCCAAGCGAUGAGGUUAUUGAGGACUCGGACCGGGAUGACGACGAUGAAGGGGUUUUCUCUGGGAGCUCUGCUGGCAGAUCUUUUUCUGGGAUGCUCACCUCGGAUACAUCCAUGCCCACAUCACCCAAAAAGAAAAAGCAAUGGCGAGGAAAUGGACGCAAGAAAGGAAAGGCCGUAAUCCGGGACGAACAAGCUGCAGAGUUGUAUAAAUGGCUACCUAGUGAUUGGAUCAAAGUGAAUGAGCCUCGCAAGACCCCUUACCAUCCACAGAUCGGAGACUAUGUCGCUUAUCUUCGUCAGGGUCACAGUUUCUAUUUGAAAGAGACACCUUUGCGCUCGAAACUUAAUCUCAAAAUCGUACCCUAUAUCAAAGAUAGCUCAAUUCCUUGGGUCAUGUUUGGCCGUGUCUCUCGGAUCACAUACAAUGUCGGCCCACCUACUUGGUGUACUGUAACAUUAGAGGAGCAAAUCCUUUCUUCUUCAUGGGGAUUUCCGCCCAAUCCUCAAUUCACAGCCUCGAGAAGGCGCUUUGAAGUUGAGUUUCAUGAUCUGGGCGAUGUCCCUGAUUUCAUUGUAUUGUACUCUGUCUUUCAGAAUGGCAUCAAUGCUCACUAUACAGUUGGCGAACAGAUCUGGGCGUCAUUUGAUGGAAGCAUAUAUGCGGGGACCAUUUCGGACAAGGUUGUGGAUGAUCCAAGUCUACCGGAUUCAUUGUGGAUGGCAUUUGAAGUCUCUUGGCCUGCGAAUGAAGAUGUUACGAAUCUAUCACCAUGGGAGAUGCAACGUGAUGAAAACGAGGACGAAGCCAGAGUUCGAGAAACUAUUCCACCUGAAGAAUACCAACGUAUUCAAGAGGUUGUUUCUCAUUUCAUUCAAAUGGAGGAUUUUCAAAUCUUCAGAUCCUCCGUAGACUUUGAAGCUUACCCAGAUUACUGCAAGACGGUAGCAUAUCCAAUCUGCCUGGAAGCAAUUCAGGAGCGCUUGACUAGUGGAUUCUAUCGGCGAGCAAGAGCAGUACAGUUUGAUAUCGAGCUACUUGAAAAGAAUGCGCUGACAUAUAACGAUCCGAAGAGUGGCAUCGCCAUGUACGCGAAACAAUUGUCACGAAUUUUCAAAGCGUCCCUCGCAAAUCCCUUUAAGCCGUUGCCUAGCCAUAUACAUGUCAAGAGCACAAAAAAAGACGAGGACGAUGAAUUUGAUGGCUCUGGAAGUGAAAACGAACAAGUCGAGAUUGAAACCGAACCAGAGUUGGAUCUUGAGGAGGAGGAGGUAGAAGAGGUGGAUGAUGAUGCCUUCUUAGAUGAUGAGGACGAGUUCUCAGAUGAAGAAAAGCCUAGAUCCAGGUCUAGACCAUCGAACCGUCGCUCUACAGGACGCGUUUCUCGUUCUUCUCGAAAAUUAGUGUCAUCAGCAGCAGCUGCAGUAGCGGGCUUUUCGAUGUCUAAUGAGUCACGGAGAAGGAACGGCAAUGGAAAGACUAACGGCAAUAGCAGCAUAAAUGGAUCCCGACGAGGACGUGGUCGAAGUACGAGGCGCAAAAAACGAAAUAACGACGAUGAUGAUGAAAGUGAUGAUGAGUACAAUAAUGAAGAUGAUGAGGUGGAUGAAGAAUGGGGGGACAGAAGGAACAUAAGUAGAAGUCGUCGUAAUGGACGCCGCAGCGCUGCAGCGGAGCCAGGAGAGGACGCAGAUUAUAUGCAGAAGGAUGAUGAUCUAGUAGAGCACGGAUAUUAUGAUGAAGGGAAUGAAGACAUGGAUGACUUCGAGCAAAGUAAUUCGAAUUCGUAUGCUUCGCAUACACGGUCCAAACGGAAGAAGACCACGAUCAUCUCCAGUGACGAUGAUUAUGUACAGUAGUUUUUUUUUCUUUUCCUUUUUUUUUUAGACAAGUAAACUAAUGCUCU